AUGGCUGCUGGCAAUCAACGACAAACAAGGUCAACGACGUUUCAAGGCAUGAAUAUCGUCUAUGACAGCUAUGGCGUCGCUGACGAAGCUCUCAUAUUCAUCCAUGGAUGGAGCUGUAAUCGUCAAUUAUGGACAUUGCAGAGUCCCAUCUAUGAAAAACAUCGGUCGAUACUUAUUGAUUUGCCGGGCCACGGUGACAGUGAUUCACCACAUAUCGACUAUAACGUGGAAUUAUUUGCACGUGCCGUGGGAAAAGUCGUCGAGCAAGAGAAUAUCAAGAAAGUCAUCCUUAUAGCACACAGUAUGGGUGGUCCAAUCGCCACCAUGUUUUUGCGUCUUUUUGGUUCCUCUUCUUCCACGGUAGCAGCAGGAGACACGGUGGUUGCCGGAAUCAUCUAUGUAGACUCUUUUCUACAUCUUCCAGAAAGCUACCUGAACGCUGAAGAACGGAGAGGACUUGGCCAGGCACGGUUGGAGGAUGAGAAGUUUAUUGCGGAUAUCAAUACCCUUUUUACCAACGAUACGAGUGAGAAUAUACGCGAGACUGUGCUUCGGACGAUGCUCGCCACGCCAAAACAUGUGCGCGCAGUUGCUGUUACGUCCAUGACUCAACCCCAUGCCCUCGGAUAUAACGAAGUCUAUGAACAGGUUCCUGCGGUAAACAUCAUGUCCUCAAAUUGUACACCGGUUGAUAGACAUUGGUUUCAUCAUCUACCUCUGUUAAAGCUCAAGAAGAUGAUUAAGGUUAGCCAUUGGUUAUUUCUUGAGAAGCCGGAGGAGUUUAAUCAAGAGGUCGAAGACUUCUGCAAUUACUUCCUUUGA